AUGUACCUCAACACGCUCCUCUCGAUGGCGCUCCUGGCGAGCGCUGCUCUCGCGGCAUCGUCCAAGAGCGCCGCUCCCGACCUCGCGAGGCUCGAGCGCCAACUCGCGUCGGCCAAGUACCAGGCGACGCUGGCCGCGCGCCUCGUCAAGCGCACCAAGACGUACGCCCAGUCGGCGAGCACCGAGCACAAGCGCUCCGUCUUUGUCGAGCGCGAGCGGCGGUGGGCAGCCGAGACGGCCAGGCUCGAGCGCCUCCUCAAGCGGCAGACGACCCUCGUCUCCGCGUCGCAGGCGAGCGUGUCGCGCACGUCGGCCGCCGUCACGUCGACCUCGAGCAAGGUCGUGCGCCCGACGACGACGACGACGACGAGCAAGCUGGUCCGCGUCACGACCACGAGCCGUUCGACUUCCACCGCGACGACCCGCUUCACGACGACCACUACAACUCGCUCGACGACCGCAACGACUCGCACGACGACCUCGACGACCACGCGUUCUACCAACUCGGCGUCCAAGUCUGCGACUGCCUCUGCGACGCGCUCGACAGCUGCGCCCGUCGCCACGCUCUCGUCGGGCGCGUCGAAGAAGAAGGGCGUCGGCUACAACGAUGCGGCCCUCACCAAAAACCUCGCCAUUUCGUGGGCCUACAACUGGGGCCAGCUCCCCGAGGGCACGCUCAGCCCGGGCGUCGAGUACAUCCCGAUGCUGUGGAGCGACAACGCCGGCGACUGGUUCGUCAACGCGCAGAAGGCCAUCGACAACGGCUCGAAGUACCUGCUCGCCUUCAACGAGCCCGACCUCGUCGGGCAGGCCGACAUGACCGUCGCGGCCGUCGUCGCCGGCUGGAAGAAGUACAUGAGUCCGUUCAAGGGCAAGGCCAAGCUCGUCUCGCCCGCCGUCACCAACGGCGGCGCUCCUCUAGGUCGCGACUACCUGGCGGCCUUUUUCGACGCUUGCCCGACCUGCCUCGAGGAGACGGACGCCAUCGCUCUGCACUGGUACGACGCGGCAUGGAACACGGGCUACUUCACGAACUACCUGCAAGAGGCGCACACGCGGUUCGGCAAGCCAAUCUGGCUCACCGAGUUCGCCGGCAGUGGCACCGUCGCCGAGCAGCAGGCCUUUUUCGCGACCGUCUUGCCGUGGAUGGAGAAGCAGCCCUGGAUCGAGAGGUACGCCGGGUUCGGCGACUUUGUCGGCACCUACGUCAACUCGGACGCGUCCCUCACGGCCCUCGGCGAGGCCUACUCGUCCAAGUAAAGGCCUGCCGCGCACGGGCCUGCCGCGCACGGGCCUGCCGCGCACGGGCCUGCCGCCGGCCUCCUUUUCCUCUCGCGCAUCUCUCGAUCCCCCUCUUGGUUCUUGUCCCUGUCGACGCGACGCCAGUGGCGCGAGCUCUGGUAGCCUCCCAUCCCUUGCAAUCGGUCACGGACCCUCUCCUUCUC